GCUCUUUGUGGCAGACUCAGCUAGCCUUCCUGGCCAGGCACCAGAGCUAAACUAUCUGUUAGCGAUGCUUAGUCUAUUUGCCCUCGCAGACCGUAAAGUCUCUCCGAGCACGAGAGGUAAAAGAACAAAGCCAAAGUCGUCAACGUCGCCACCUGAACGACUACGGAGCGAUGACUCCAUCACCCCCACUCGGCGACGAAGAGCUCGCCCUGCCAUUGAUCCUAUCGUUCUCGCCAACCUAUCACAUCGAAAGCUCCAAACUGAGCGACACAGGGCUUCUUGCGACAUGCACCGAGUAGUUUUGAUCCAAAAUUUGCUAAAGAGGGUUUAUCGCACGUGGAGUGGUUUAAUGGGCAGACCUGUCAAAGUGCUCUCGGCAGGCAAUGUAUUUGAUGACAUUGCCUCGGAGCGCCCGGUCAGGGCGCUGGCGGGAUUGGGCGGGAUCGGCAGACGAGGGAAGAUGCGGUCUUCGUCUGCACGGAUGGCGGAUAUAUCAAAACGCGCUUUGAUUCGCACAAAGAAGCUUGUAACCGAUGAUAAAACUGCCAAUCCACGAGAUAGCGGAUACUCUUCCGAUUCAUCGUCGGAUGAAGAGACCGAGCAACUGCCAAACGCAAAGCAGUCGACACCACGCAUCCUUCAUCCGGGGCGAACUGUUAAGAAAAAACCUGACGAAGAUGAGGAUGACGAGAUUCCACUUGGGAACCUACCUUUUGCGCAAUCUGGACCAAAGCCUGUUAUUUCGCAGCCUCCCCCACGGAUCACCGGCGCAUCACCAGCGCAUCAAUCAACAUCGCGACCUGUCGCAGUUACUAGCGCACCAACCCUCAGAGCGAGAAGAGCACCGACUGCACAAAAGAGCUCUUUACGUAUCGUCUCUACAUCGUUGGAAUCUGACGACAGCUUAGAUGCCCCACCAAAGCCAGCACCGAUGAGUGCGGUGAGACCCAAGCCUAGCAUGACACUAAUCGAGAAGAUGGAACUGCAGGAGAAAUCGAGACUUGCAACUCUCCAGAAGGAAGUCAAGGAAGACCAGAGCAACCUGCCAAAAGAGCAGCCGAAUAAGGGAGACGGACGCGAAUCAGAACCAAUUCACCAAGAGCGACCAAUGCUCCAGGACUGCAGUAAACCGCUAAUCUCAGACCCUAACCAACAUCCCAUCCCUCCUCCCCGCCGAUCAUCAAUAUCCGACCUUACCAGACUUGAAACACACACCCCGCCCAAGCCAUCAGCAAAAACCAACGAAUCGGCAGAUACAAACAGAGCAGUACAUCAUAUGCAACCCGUCCCUCCUGCACCCCCGGUUUCAUUCAAACCGUCUACAAUCGCGCCUCGUAAACGCCGAUCAUUAGGUCUCCUGAAAACUGCACUUCUGCGACGCGCUAAACCCUCAUCAACACCUGCAUUAAAUGUCCUCUUCAUUGCCACUGCCGUCGAAAGCGGCGAAUGGAAGACCCGUUCUGAAGACAGAUCUCCGACAUUGCCGACGACGCCAAAAUAUGAGUUCAUUCCACGCACGGAUUUCCAAUCCGAACCCAAUCUUACAACCGCAUUGGAGCCUUUAGAACCAGAAGUAUCUUAUAAUUUACCGAUCUCGGCUACGCUUGAGGAACCCGAAUCUCCCAGCUCUCCCUCCCGCUACUCUAUAGAUUCGAUCGAGACUUACGUUAGCCAUAUGUCCAGAGUGACUAUUGCAACCAUUGAUCUCGACUUUGAUGCGAUGAGUUUCGAAGAGGAAGUCUUUCAGCAGUUCACAAUGUCCACUAUGGAUGCCGACAAGGGCAUUACCAAUUUGGGUUCUGCCAUUGUAAGAGAACGGAAUCUGGAUGAGCCAAAUGCAGAUAUCGGCUUUUUGGAAACCGCAUUUGACCUUGGAUGGGAGAUUCGUUUGUGAUGUGCAUAUACUCGGUGUUGUUGAAGAUUGUCUUCAGUGAAAAACUCACUUGUAAUUAUCAUAGAUUAUAUUAUAUUUAUUCUGACAAUAUUAUAGUCAUUAAAUUGUUCCCCA